UUAAGUCGCCACUCAGUCACUGGGCUCAACUGGUGCUAAUAAAAUGAAAAUUUUAUUUAUUUUAAGUGCUGUGCUAUGCGCAUUAGCCAGCGAUCGCCAUCAACAACAAACGUCUGGAUGGAUUCGUCAGAAUAUUCGAUCCAACAAUCACAUCAGCUCAUCAAGUUCCUCAUCAGAAAGUGACGAACAGCUAGUAAAUAUCUUAAAAACAAAGACUUACAACCCAAAACGCUGUUUACUCGUCCCAGAACCAACAGCUGAUGAACUUCAUGAAUUCCAUCAAUGGGCUGCACAGCACAGCAAGCAGUACUCAUCAGAACGUGAGCAGUCAUGCAGGAUGAUUAAUAUGAUUUAUAAGCUUCGUGACAUUCAUGCACACAACAAGAGAUUCGAUGAAGGCAAGGAGACAUUCAAAAGAGCAUUAAAUCACCUCUCAGACUUGACAAGAAAGGAAGUUAAGACACAAAUUUUAAUGGAAGAUGUUUUCGACUGGAACCGACCAAGAGACAGUCUUGAGAAUUUAAAAGAAUUCCCAGAAGCAAGAGAAGCUGUUGACUAUAGAGAUGAAAACUAUGUUGGACAAGUUGGACAGCAAGGAAAGUGUGGAAGCUGCUGGGCAUGGUCAAGUGCUGCCGUUUUGGAAGGACAGUUGAGAAAAUGUGGAAUCUCAGAAGAGCCAGUGUCGGUUCAAAAUAUGGUUGAUUGUGUGACUAAGUUCUGUCGUGGAUGUAAAGGUGGAAUUCCAUAUGAAGCUUUUGCCUACGAAAAGACUGGCGGGAUCCUAACAGCUGCAAAGUAUCCUUAUUUUGGCAAGCAACAUCGAUGCUCUUUCAAUAGAAGUGAUAUUAUUGGCUAUGUUGAUCAGCCUUUUGAAUAUUUCUUCCCAGAAAUUCCAGCUGCUGAAGCUUACAUGAGAAAAAUUGUCUCAUCAGUCGGUCCUAUAUCGACUGUCCUUUAUGCCAAUGAUAACUUUGAAGAUUAUGCUACUGGAAUCUUCACAGCAACAGACUGUAACAGAAAGGCACCAAAUCAUGCUGUAACAAUCGUUGGAUAUGGAACUGACCCUAAGUUUGGUGACUAUUGGCUCCUGAAGAACAGUUGGGGAACAACAUGGGGUGAAAAUGGAUUCGGAAAAAUCGCACGUGGCAAAAACAUGUGUCGUUUUGAAAGCAGAGUCUUCUUUGCUCAAAUUGCUGACAAAAAUAGAAACGUCUGCAGUUUUGAAUAAAAAAUGAGACUUUAUUAUUGUUCGUGACUUUGAAAGUCUGAUAAUGAACAGUCAAUAAAUAAAUAAAAUUUAAAAUGUUGCAGUAAAUGUCUUUGAAUCAGUUGGUUUGUCUUUUGUAGUCCAAACUCAAUCUCCUU